GUCAAAAGUUGUCAAUUUAGUAAAUAUUUAGGUUUAAUUUGUUAUAUGCAGAGAUGAUUAUAUGUUUGAUAGUUUAGUGGUGAAAAGCUUAAAAAUGGCAGAAAAGGAUAAGGGUAAGGCGAUACAACCUAAAAACAUACCGAAAGAUGGUCAAGUUGUGUUGUCUAUAAUGAAAGAAAUGGGAGUAACCGAAUAUGAGCCAAAAACUAUCGUGCAACUUACAGAAUUUGUAUACAGAUAUGCAACAUCAAUCUUGGAGGAGGCUAGGAUGUAUGCCAAUAAUACAAAGAAGAAACUGGAGGUGGAUGAUGUGCGCUUAGCUCUAGAACUGACAGCCGAAUCUACAUUUACCACUCCACCACCAAGAGAAGUCAUUUUAGAAUGUGCUCAUGUAAAGAAUUAUGCUCCCUUACCCAGUGUGAAACCCCACUGUGGUUUACGUUUACCCCCUGAUCGUUACUGCUUAUCCUCAUGCAAUUACACAUUAAAAAAUGCACAGAAAAAGAAGAGCUACACUGCUGCUGGAGCUGGUACAAUGAAACUAACAGCUAAACCAAAUAUUAGUUACAUAAAACGCACAAGCGCUAUUGGCAUAAACAAACAAACUGUUACGAUUCCCAAACCAGUAACAAAGAUCACAACCACCAUACAGCAGCCCAAGACUGUUUUAAAACAUAAAAUUCAGAUUCAACAGAACAUCCAGCUGCCCACUUCAAAUGGUAUAACGGCAAUGGAUUUUGAUAAUGGCUUGAAAAGGAAGAGAGAUGAUGACACCGAUUUAUCUUAAUAUGUAUAAUUGUAAUCGUUUAAAAU